AGAGAGAAACAGAGGAGGAGAAUGACGUGAAUGAUUGAAUCCCAAGUGCAAAAGCUCAACCUCUUCGAUCCCCAUGCCUCUCUUCUCCUCCAUCAAAAAAUUCCUAAUUCCGCUCUUGAAUCACUCCUAAAUUCCCAAUUCUUUUACAUUUUUAGGGUUUUGAUAUUCCCUAAAAAAGCUGAUCACUCCCCACCUCUAAUUUCUCCCAUUUUCAUUUUUUUAUAAAUUUUUUUUUAUAAAAUUUACACUUUCACAAAAUUAAAUAAAAAUUUAUUUUUUUAUUUUAUGCACAGAAAAAGAAUCAGUUCACUUUUUCCUCCUUUUCUGUGGAAUAUAAAUGGAAAUCCAAUCCAACCCAAUAAAAAAAAAAUUCUUUUGUUUUUCCCUCUUUGACUGGAACCAAAAAUAGAAACAAAAAACUGUUCUUCUACCAAGAUUUUACUUUUAUCAUUAUUGUGAUUAUAAUUAUUAUGUAAAAGGGAAAGUGAGGAAUUUCGGAGAGAGAAAUGUUGACAAUGGAUAAGGAUUUUGAUUCAAAGCUUAGGAUUCAGGGAACCAAUAAUAAUAAUUCUAAUAAUAAUUCUUCAAAUGUUGGUGCUUCCGACAAUGUUCAGAGAUCUAAAAGCUUUGCAUUUAGAGCUCCACAGGAGAAUUUUUCUAUCCAGGAUUUUGAAUUGGGCAAGAUCUAUGGAGUUGGUUCUUACUCAAAGGUUGUGAGGGCAAAGAAGAAGGAUACAGGAAUGGUGUAUGCUUUGAAGAUCAUGGAUAAAAAGUUCAUCACCAAAGAAAAUAAAACAGCUUAUGUAAAGUUGGAACGUAUCGUGCUUGAUCAACUGGACCAUCCUGGUGUUGUGCGCCUCUAUUUUACAUUUCAAGAUACUUUUUCACUUUACAUGGCACUUGAAUCCUGUGAAGGUGGAGAACUUUUUGACCAAAUAACAAGAAAAGGUCGCUUAUCAGAGGAUGAGGCUCGCUUCUAUGCUGCAGAAGUUGUAGAUGCUCUUGAAUACAUACACAACAUGGGAUUGAUACAUAGAGAUAUUAAGCCAGAGAACUUGCUUCUUACUACAGAUGGGCAUAUUAAGAUUGCCGACUUUGGCAGUGUAAAGCCCAUGCAGGACAGCCGAAUUACAGUCCUGCCUAAUGCAUCCUCAGAUGAUAAGGCAUGCACAUUUGUGGGGACAGCUGCAUAUGUUCCUCCUGAAGUCCUAAACUCUUCUCCAGCAACUUUUGGAAAUGACCUCUGGGCACUUGGCUGCACACUGUACCAAAUGCUUUCAGGCACUUCUCCUUUCAAAGAUGCAAGUGAAUGGCUUAUAUUUCAAAGAAUUAUAGCCAGAGAUAUAAGAUUUCCAAAUUAUUUUUCUGAAGAAGCCAAAAACCUUAUCGACCGGUUAUUGGAUCUAGAUCCCAGUAGACGACCAGGUGCUGGACCUAAUGGUUAUUCUGCGCUCAAGAUGCAUCCUUUCUUUAGGGGAGUUGACUGGAGUAAUUUAAGAGCACAAACCCCUCCGAAGCUUGCAUUAGAGACGGGGGCUCAAUCAAGUGAGGGUGAUGAUCAUAAUGAUUCUUCAUGGAAUCCUACCCACAUUGGAGAUGGUUCAGCCAGACAGAAUGAUGGAAAUGUUGGUGCCUCAUCAUCUGCUGAACCAUCUGGCCGUAUAAAUAGAGUUGCCUCAAUUGACUCCUUUGACUCAAAAUGGCAACAAUUUUUGGAACCUGGAGAAUCUGUUCUUAUGAUCUCAAUGGUGAAGAAACUACAAAAGUUAUCGAGCAAGAAGGUGCAGCUUAUCCUCACCAACAAGCCAAAACUGAUUUAUGUUGAUCCUUCAAAAUUGGUCGUGAAAGGGAACAUUAUUUGGUCUGACAAUUCUAAUGACCUCAGCAUCCAGGUCACAAGUCCAUCACACUUCAAGAUUUGCACUCCAAAAAAGGUGUUGUCAUUUGAUGAUGCAAAACAAAGAGCAUGGCAGUGGAAAAAAGCGAUCGAGGGCCUUCAAAACCGGUGAAGUGAUUUUAUUCAUUGUCAUGAAGCACCACAUUCUUUGGACAUUUUGAUAUUGUAGAGUAACUUGGAAACUGUUAAACAAUCCACAAUAGGAAGCAAUUAUUUAUUUCAUGAAAGCGGCUCAAGAGUUUUCAGAUUCAGCUGUCUCCUGGUUCAGGCUGCUAUUGGUUCAUAUUAAAGCUUUCAUCCACUCUUUUGUAGAAUUGGGUAUGUAACGAGGGUUUUUGCAUGCAAUGAAUCUACAAUCCAAAAUAAGGUUUUAUGAGCCCAAAAAAAAAAGGGAAGGGGUUUUGCUGCCAAUUACAUGUUAUUAUUGUAUUGAAAGUAGCUGUUACCAGCCAUUAAUUAAAAUUUCUUUUCAAGAAAUUCCUUGUGGCUGUGAAA